AAAAAAAGACAGUUAAUAAUCAGUGAAGCUUUGCUUACUCUCGCAGCAGAGCCAAGGAGUGAGGCAUGGCUUCUUCUUCUACCUUCCUUACAGUCCUUCUCUUCCUCCUUUUCACCCUCUUCUCCCUUCACGUUCACGCCACCAAAAAAGUUGUCAUUCCAGAAGACGGUUUCACCGUCGCCACCGUACUCGACGGCCACAAGGUCAGCAUCAAGCCCCAUUCCAUCCUCCAGCGACCCGGUUCCUCCGAUCUCAUUGUCCUCGAUUUCCCAAACAGCGCUUUCUACACCGUUCAAUUCCCCAUAUCCCAAGAAAGCGUUUUCACUAGGUUUUGUGGAACUGGGUCUCUCGGGUAUUCCGAUGGUGAAUUGGGUUCAGCUCAGUUUGACAGACCCAAAAGCUUUGCCGUUGAUCUAAGAGGGAAUGUGUAUGUUGCUGACAUUUAUAACCAGGUGAUAAGGAAAGUCAGCGCCAAUGGUGUUACCACAAUUGCUGGAGGUUUCUCAGAAAAGUCAAGCAGCAAGGGUGGAUCUGCCCAAAAUGUAUCAUUUUCAAAUAAUUUUGAUCUGACUUUCAUUCCUGGCCAAUGUGCUUUGCUGGUGUUAGAUCAUGGGCAUCAAUUGGUCCAUCAGAUUAAUUUGAAGGAGGAAGAUUGUACCUUUGGAUCUAAAUCUGGGCUAGGUGCAGUUAUGAUUUGGACUCUAGGGUUAGGACUUUCAUGUCUACUUGGCUUAGUAAUUGGGAUUGCUAUCCGCCCAUAUAUAUUCCGUCAUAAAGGUUCCAGCCCUUACCAUUUCAUCGAGACAUGGAAGCAUUGCCUAACCAGUCUGGGGAAGUUAGCACUGACACUCUACUGCGGCAUCAAAAGCGCAAUUGCUAGCUGUAGUUGCUCCUAUGUUUACACAACCUUGAUGAGACUUUGGAGAUUAUGUCUCUCUCAUCUUGUUCUAAUGUUUAGAAUCAACAUAGUUUCUCCAAGGCCACAUCUAAAAUCUGUGUCUUUGCUAGAUUUAGAUGCCUGCAAUAGUGGUGAGAUAACAAAGUCAGGCAAGUAUUAUGACCAAUUAAAGGACUUGAUGAGUUUUGAUGAACACCUUGUGGAUUCUACCAACACAACCUUCAACCAUGGAGCUGAUGUCAUGAUACAGUCUAACACGGGUUUUGUAGAGGCACAUAAAGAUAACAAUCUUCAUCAAGGGUCAUCUGUGUGUAAUUUGGGUAUUGUGAAGCGAAGAUGAAGUUAUAUGUAAGACAGUACAAUGUUAUGUAUUGCUUUAUGUUAAACAAUCAAGCAAAUAUAUAAAUGCUAGGUUAUCUAGUUGGAACUAUUGUCAGAAUGUUUAUACGAUGGUAGAGGUUGUGAAGUUAAGUCUGGGUUUGUAAAUUAAGAGAAGUAAAUUUGAUCAUUAAGUAUA